CGAAUCUCUGAAUGGAUCUCCCCAAACCGCCCUUGGGACAAUCACCAGGCCAUCCGGAACCGACAUGAGCCUGGAACCGGUGAUUGGCUCCUCAAAAAUCAUCAGUACAAGGCGUGGAAAUCCGGCCAGCAUCGUCACUUGUGGCUCCAUGGCAAAGCAGGCAGUGGCAAGACAGUAUUGUGCUCCACGGCUAUUGAACACAUACGAUCGCACUGUUCGGCUUUGAACAGAGAAGCACAAGUUAUUUUCUAUUUCUCCUUUUCUGACCGUUCAAGACAAACGUACGAAGAUCUGGUACGGUCAAUGGUG